AUGGAUUCUUCUAAUUUCACAGACAAAGCAUUGGAGAUCAUUACCCAUGCUCAGACAUUAUGUCAGCAGAACAGCAACCCUCAGUUGGUGCCUCUUCAUAUCCUUGCUGCUAUGACACCUUCCAAUGUUAUUGGCGAGGAUAAACAGGCAUCUUCUGUGUAUCUCAAAUCGAUCAUUGAAGGCUCUCGUUUCGAAUGGACCCCAUUUGAGAGGACCAUCAACCGUCACUUGGUGAAAUUACCAAGUGUUCAAGGCUCUAAUGCGGAGGCCACCAUGUCUGGCUCUGCAGCCCAGAUUAUUAAGAAUGCGGAGAAAAUUAAAAACUUACAGAAGGAUACUUAUAUCGGCCAGGACCAUAUUCUUUUAGCUUUACUUGAUGAUUCCACAGUCAAGCAGAUAUGUCAGGAGUGUGUAAUUAACCCGGAGACUUUGAAGACUGAGGUGACUACGAUGCGUGCGGGCAGCAAGAUUGACUCCAGACAGGCGGAUACCUCAGAGGCAUCAGAGUUCUUGAAGAAAUAUGCAAGUGAUAUGACUGAACUGGCUCGUGCAGGUAAAAUUGACCCAGUUAUUGGCCGCGAGGAGGAGAUUAGACGGACCAUUCGUGUCUUGGCCAGAAGAACAAAGUCUAAUCCUUGUCUUAUCGGUGACCCCGGUGUUGGUAAGACAUCCAUUGUUGAAGGUGUUGCUCAGCGAAUUGUUGACGGUGAUGUGCCUCACAUUUUACAGAAUUGUAAAUUAUACGCAUUGGAUUUGGGUUCCUUAAAGGCUGGUGCCAAGUAUCAAGGCGAGUUUGAAGAGCGUAUCAAAGGUGUCUUGAACGAUAUUGAAAAGUCCAAAACUUUGAUCAUUUUAUUCAUAGAUGAGAUCCACAUGUUAAUGGGAGACGGAAAGAGUGAUGCAGCAAACUUGUUGAAGCCAGCAUUGGCUCGGGGUAAUUUCCACUGCAUUGGUGCCACCACUGUGACCGAAUAUAGGAAAUACAUUGAGAAGGAUGGUGCAUUUGAGCGUCGUUUCCAAAGGGUUGACGUUAGAGAGCCUACAGUUGAGGAGACCACCGCUAUUUUACGUGGAUUGCAGCCAAGGUAUGAGAUUCAUCAUGGUGUUCGUAUAUUAGAUAGUGCUCUAGUCACAGCAGCCCAGUUGGCCUCGAGGUAUUUGACUUAUAGAAAGCUACCUGAUUCUGCCGUUGAUUUAAUUGACGAGUCUGCCGCUGGUGUGGCUGUGGCCCGUGAUUCAAAGCCUGAAGAGUUGGAUUCUAGAGAAAGACAGCUCCAAUUGGUUGAUGUUGAAAUCAAGGCUUUGGAAAGAGAUAAAGACGCUGAUGCUUCUACCAAAGACAGAUUGGCUCAGGCUCAUAAGAAGAAGCAGGAACUUACGGAAGAGAUAACUCCUCUACGUGAAAAGUACAAGCAAGAGAUGGCUGGCCAUGAGCAACUUACUGCUGCCAAGAGAAAGUUGGAUGAGUUGGAAAUCAAAGCACAAGAUGCAGAGAGACGUCAUGAUUCUUCCCAGAUUGCGGAUUUGAGAAUGUUUGCUAUUCCAGACGUCAAAAAACGGAUUGAAGAGUUAGAUAGGAAGGCUAGCGAUGAAGAACAGUCCAAGUUGUACAUGGUGAGAAAUGUGGUUGGACCGGAUCAAGUUUCGGAAACCGCAGCACGUCUCACUGGUAUUCCAGUGUCAAAGUUGACUCAGACUGAAAACGAGAAAUUGAUCAGUAUGGAGAAGCAACUAUCAUCAACAGUGAUUGGUCAAGGUGCUGCAGUCAAGGCUGUUUCCAACUCAAUCAGAUUGACACGUUCUGGCUUAUCCAAUCCAAAUCAGCCUGCUUCAUUUAUGUUUUUGGGACUUUCCGGUUCCGGUAAGACUGAAUUGGCUAAGAGAUUAGCAACAUUUUUGUUCAAUGACGAGAAGUCGAUGGUUCGUAUCGAUUGUUCCGAAUUGAUGGAAAAGUAUUCUGUUUCAAAGUUACUCGGAUCUACAGCAGGUUACAUUGGUUACGAGGAAGGUGGCAUGUUAACUAACCAGUUACUCAGAAAGCCAUAUUCUGUCGUCUUAUUCGAUGAGAUUGAAAAGGCCGCUCCUGAGGUGUUGAACAUCAUGCUACAGAUGCUUGAUGAUGGUAGAAUUACCGCUGCUAAUGGUACAUUGGUUAACUGUGCCAACUGUAUUGUGAUCAUGACAUCGAACUUGGGCGCAGAAUAUAUUUCUGCCUCAAAGAGCACCAAAAUCACUACACAGGUUCACGAACAGGUAAUGAACGUCGUCCGUGGUCACUUCAGACCGGAAUUCCUCAACAGGAUCUCUGCUAUUGUGAUAUUCAACAGAUUGUCUAAGCAUGCCAUUGCAAAGAUUGUGUCUUUGAGACUUAGUGAGAUCGAGGGAAGAUUCAAGGCCAGUGGAAAGCAUAUCAAGUUGGAUCUCGACCAGUCUGCGUUGGACUACUUAUGUAGAAAUGGAUACUCUGAUGAUUUGGGUGCUAGACCUUUGAACAGGUUGAUCCAGAAUAUCAUCUUGAAUCCUUUGGCUGUUAUGAUAUUGAAUGGCCAGGUCAAGGAUAAGGAGACAGUGAAAAUUACAACCAGUGGCAAGGGUCUCGAGGUGGUGGCCAAUCACAAAGCUGCUCAGGGUUCUAUGGACGUUGAUGCCGUUGAAGAUUGGACAGAUGAUGCAGAUGUCGAUGACUACAUGGAUCCCGACGGGGACGUUCCCGUUGAUCUCGAUUAA